AUGUACAUUGGUGAGAUUUGUCGAUACCUAUUGGCUCAACCGGAAAAGCCAGUCGACAAACAGCACAACCUGAGGAUUAUGAUCGGCAACGGACUCCGCAAGAAGAUAUGGACCGACUUUAAGACCCGAUUCAAUAUCCCACAAAUCGGCGAGUUUUACGGCUCCACCGAAGGCAACGCUAAUGUCGCCAACAUAUCCAACAAAGAGGGUGCGUGUGGUUUCGUGCCGUGUUGUAUACCGUGGUUUUGUCGUCUCGUAUACCCAGUGGUCGUCAUGAAAGUGGACGAAAUGACCGGCGAACCGAUCCGCGACGCCGACGGCCUCUGCAUUCCCGUAAAGGCGGGAGAAAUUGGCGAAAUUGUGGGCAAAAUUCAAGAGUCAGAUCCGGCCCGAGCCUACCCGGGCUAUCACAACGUCGAGGCCACCAAAAAGAAAGUGGUGAAAGAC